CUAUCUUUUCCACUUAUUGCAUAAGCCCUAAGAACUAGGAGACGUUUAAAGGUCGCACCGCCUUGGUCGAAAGGCCGAAACGUAUCCCCGGAUGAAAACGUCGGCCAUAUUGGUGUUGGUGUCCGAUGUUGGCCAAGCGACUCGCCUCAACACAUUACGAUCUUGUAGAAAUUUAAAAAGAAUUCCAUGUGAUUGUUUUAAAGCUUUAUCACCGAGGGUAGGGAAAACUUGGAACGGUAUAUAUGUAGGAUAAUGAGUUGUGCGCGGUCCCUAUUGUCUGGAAAGACCGACUGUGAACCAACCAUGGGUGAUGUUCUUGGGAAAGAAGGGAGAGAGGACCAACUUUCUGACCAUAAUGAAGAAAAUACGGAGCGUGCUGAGGCAGAGGGAGCAGAAGCGGAUGAUGAAUCACCGACAGAUGAAAACAUUACCGCUCUAGUACCUAAUUUAGACCCCGGGGCCGAGAAGCAGGAUUUGAUUACUAGAGAUAUCACAAUACCCGACCAUGAAGUAGAUGAAAAUGAAAGAAACCAAGCCAAAGAGGACCAACAUGCAUGUACGCCAGACGCAGAGAUAAUAACUGAAACACCAUUGACACUAUCCUGUGAUGUACCUUGUGAAAAUUCAAUUCAAAAUUCUAAGGAACCAUCUGUUUUGCCUGUUAAAAUUGUUACUGAAGAAACAGAUCUCAACCAGAAGACUAAGGAUCUGAGAAGUAACAGUGAUGAUGCUGGAGUUUAUGAUGUUGAAGAGUCAGAGUCAGAUAUGGAAGGUGUAGCUGAUGCAGAUGAUGAAGAUGGUUUUGAAGAUGAUGACGACGAUGAUGAAUAUGAAGAUUAUGAUGAUGAAGAUGAAGAUGAUGAAGACGAUGAUGAUGAAGAUGAAGAAGGUGGCAUGGAUGCCGAUGAUGAGGAUGAUUUUGGAGACAAUGAAGUUCAAUCACCUAAAAAGUCUGAGUCUCUUGGCGUUGAUGAAAUGCAAACUAAACGAAGCGAAGAGAUAAAAAUUAAUAGUGAUUGUGUUUUUUCUUAUUCUGAUAGUUCAGAUGACUCUGCACUGAGAACAAAGAAUAAGAGUGGAGGAAGAAUCUGUGAUAGUAUGAGAAGAAGAAAACUGAUUAAAGCUAAGGAAUGUGCAGUGCCUAGGUCUAACAAUUCAACUCACGUUGAUCAAACAAUUAUGUUAUCUGAGGCUAUGACCAACCUUAAGCUAGACAAUAGCAGACUGGAAAUUUGUGAUGGUAAUGAUAACAAGAUAAUUCAGAGAGUCACAUCAGAGACUGUUUAUAAUGCCCGGAUACAGGAUGAAACAAUACCACAAGAUGAUGGGACAGUUUCAGAAAGUAUACCUUUGGAUGGUUAUCAAGGAGAAGAAACAACUUCGAGUCCUGUGAAAGGUGAUGAAGGUGUGCCUAAUGAAGAGGAUCAUACAUCAUUAAAUGAGGAAGAUAUUAAGGAACUGAUGCGGAAGGAAGCUUUGCAGCGUCAAAAAGAGUCUUGCACUUGUGAAUCGUGCGAGUCAAAGAGGAUUACUUUAGGUGAGCAACGGAAGCUUCAGGCUGCCUGGAUGGAGUUGCGUCAUUUUGUCAGAGAGGUCUAUCGCAUAAUAAUGCAAACUGCCCCUGAUGACUGCAUGCCAAUUGUUGAUGCUUCCCAAGAUGAACACAUGAUUGCCAUAGCAAGGAGGUUGACCCAAUCUGAUCCCCAUCAGCUUUACCAUAGGCUGCAGGCACAAGUACAUGAAGUUGCUACGGCAGUCAAAGUAAGGCUCAAGGAUAUAUCAGAAGACCACCACCAAGACUCAUUAGUGGCGACAGACUUCUUUGAAGGACUGUUUUAUUGUUAUGACAAAGUGUCUGCUGCUGCUAAAAGAGUUGCACCUAUACUUGAGGACUUAGAAUCUAAACAUCUAUCUCGGUUUAAUUUGACAUGGGAGUUAUUGAAUAAGGCCAUUUAUUUCCAAGUUGUCUAUAAUGAUGCAGUUAUUUCUCAAAAAUUGCCUGAAAUGAUUGCCUUGGUUACGGAUAAGGUAUGGUCAGAUAAGGGCCAAGAGUUUCAAGGUAUGAUUCGGUUUUACAUGGCUUUUGAUGAUGAAAUGAGCAUUAUUCAAGCAAUGUGGAGAGAGUCCUUUGAGUUAUUACAGAAGUACAACACAAACCAGGCUAAAAUUAGAGCUAAACAGCAAAUGUUAUUGAGGGACUGGGAGGUGUUUAAAGCUCAGAGGCAACGUGUUCAAAAAGCCUCAGUUGAGGGAAUUGAGCUAAUUAACCGCCACGGUCCUGCUGCAUUGGCUGUUGUUGAAACUGGCUCCGACUCAGAAGAGUACAUAGAAGUUGUAGUUUGCCCCUCAUGCAACAUUAUUCAACCAUGUCCUUGUGAUGAAUGCUGCCUAUCUCACCUAUUUUCUUGCCGUGCUCAUCAAGCUCGUUUAGCGGAGCUGAGUCCAACACUUGAAAGAAUGGCGUCUGAUGGAGCUGGUGAUGAACCAGCAAUCAUUGGUAGUGAAGAUAGACAUGGUUAUGGGAUAUUAAGAUCAACCUAUGGCCCGUCAUACUAUGUUCCAGCAGAACUCCAUCCUCCACCACUUCGAACUGGUCCUAAACCUUGCCCUUUUGGAUGCUACUGUAGGGAAGAAACAGAGACUGCACCAAAUCAUUGUCCGGCUCCUGAACUUUCAGACCAGCAAGGAGGCCAUGGAGAUGGACCAGGUGUUUACCCCCAUCAUUUUAGUGGAGAUGCUCCGCAUCCACAUUUUGGGCAUAGUCAACCUCCCUCAACUACCCCUAACCAAUGCCAUAGUUAUACUGACAAUAAAGAUCAAGCAAAUAUUAAGUGUAUUAAAGAAAAUACUUCCAACAAAUUGAUUUCAUCAGAUCUCUUAAAUAUUAAUGGAGUUACCAAAUUAGAAUUUGCUGGGAACAAUGUAAAACCCUUCACCCCUCUUGGGUGUGAACGUCAACUUCUGGUACAGCCACAACCUCAGCCUCGAGCACGUUUUACUGCUGGACCAGGUGUGAAUGUUCCUGAUACAGACGAUUUCCCCGAUCCACCAGCAGAUUUUGUGAUUCCCCCAUCGGAAUUUUCUGGAGAGGUGAAAAUAGGAGCAGCUCCAAAAUUAAAUGAACCAGUAAAAAAUAUCAUGUCUAGGACAGGUAACAAAGCCCCCUUUAGUCCUGUUUCAUCAUCAACUAAAAUUGGAGCUCUUACUGCUAAUGGGCAGGAGCCAAUAUUUGUGUUGACAAAAGCUGGGGCAGCUCCUCCAUCACACAUUCCCUCCCUUCAAGGAAAACCAAUGCCCCCAAAAGAAAAGAGACUGUCAUCAUCUGUGCCUUGCACUCCACCCACAACACCACCCGCCAAUAAAAAUGCACCCAGCGGACCAACUAUCCAAGGUUUACUGGAAGAAGCUUUAGAACGUAAGAAAGCAGAAAUGGCUCGCGCAGCUGCAUCAGCAGCUCGUGAGUCACCCCGUGCCGUGGUGAAUCCUCCACCAGCCUCCAUAACUGGUGCAGCAGCGGCACCGCCUGCACCAGCCUCCGCACAAGCUAAGCCAAAGCUAGGCCAUACAUGUUCAUCUGCCAAACACAAACAACACACCCAUUCCCCUAGCCAUAGGGACCCUAAAAAUUGUGAUUGUUGUUUCUGUGAGAUGUUUGGUCAUGGGGCGCCUCCUGCGGCCCCGACCAGCCACCGCUUCCAUGAAAACCGCCAACGGCUGCGUUCCAAACUGAACAAGAGCCGAGCCAGCAAGCAGCAGGUAGCCGGAGGCAGGGUGUCUGCGGCGGGGGCGGCUGCUAAGUCAGCAGCUGCAGCUGCAGGCCAGAGGACCCAGACAGCGGCUGUGCCCCGACCUGCCACCGCCCCAGCGUCUUCAGCGGCCGCCAAGUCAUCCCUUCCCAAGGUUUCGGUUGGGACGGCGGGUACUGCCAGGCCGUCUGGCGUUGGCGCCCCGGCCCCUUCUGCGGGCCCAGGGGCGUCGCUGGUGGUGAAGACUGCCGUCCCGAGCGGCGCCACGCUCAGCUCUACACCGAGCGCCGUUCAUACAACGCGAGUGUGUGCACCCGGCGCACCCACAAGCGCACCCGCAGGCGUGAUCUCGUCGGGCGCGGCCGCGGCCAGGGCGAUGGCAUUCAACGCGACGAGUGGAUCCUCCCAGACAGGUUCUGCCUUUACCUCGACUGUAGGGAAGACAGCUGUUACAACCGGCGUCCACAGUGUGACCCAAACUCAAACUGUACGACCAUCUCAUGUUGCUGCAGCAAAAUUAGCUGAAGCAGGGAUGAAUAAGGCUAAGAUACAGCCUGUUAGCAGUGCCAAAUCCUCAGUUACCUCAAGCAACCAAAGAUUAACAGCAGCUCCUGCAAGUGCAGGAAAAGGGAACCAAGCACCUACCCGGGGUACUACCCAGGCCACACAGACUGUACCUGUGGCUCAGAAGAAGGUUGUUAAUGCAACACCAGCUUCAGCACCAGCUUCAGCACCAGUUGCAGCACCCCCCAAGGAAGAGCCUCCAAAGAAGGAAGACCCUAGACCAAUAGAUGAACUAUUAGAUUUUAUUGAAGGUGGUUCAGGCUCUCAGCAAAAAGCAGACUCCAAGAAAGCUGCUAAAAAGGCUAGACAAAAACAAAAGAAACUUGAACAACAAAGAGAAGAAGAAAUUGCUCAAACUCCAGAUGUCACCAUCACAAUGCUCAAAGAUUCGGAUGCAAAAGGAAAGGGGAAGAAGGGAUCCAGUAAACAAACAGAAGAGGUUAUUUCGACCAUACCAAGUGCCACUGCUCAAAGCAUUCGUGAUCGUAUUAAAAGUCAAGUUGGGGAAGUUGCCAAAAAGAUGGGAACCUCAGAUCAGCCUCAGAUGGUCACAAUUCGUCGUGUUAUGGAGCCCAAUAGUAGUGAACCCACUGUUACCAUUACUCUGAAAGGGGCAACUCCAGAUAAAGAUAAAGUAUUAUUUACCCUAGUAAAUGGUCAAAAUGAAGUGGUUUGUCAUGAUCAAGUAAGCUCGGAACCAAAGACCAAAAAACAAAGGAAGCUUGAAAGAAGGCUCCUGCGACAGCAGCAACAACAGCAAAUCCAAGUUGAAGAAGGAGUUGAAGAGGAAGACGAUGAGCCUGAAUUUGUUGCAGAUGAGGAUGAAGAGGAAAUAGACAUGUCACAGCUCACUAAAACACAGCGGAAAAAGUUACGCAGGCUUCAGCGCAAACAAGAAGAGGAGAGGCUGGCUGAAGAGGAGCGCCGCCGUGAAGAGGAAGAAAGACUGCGGCAAGAAGAAGAGAGGCGUAGGAGAGAAGAGCAAGAGAGGCUUCAACAACAACUACUAAAAGGUAACAAAAAAAAUUCAAAGAAGGAAAAGUCACAGAAAAUACAACCUCAGCCUAUACCUCAAACUAACUCAAAAAAGAAUCAGAAGACAAACAAUAAAAGUCAAACAGGCUCUGAACAGAACAACAAGUCAAAUGGUAAAGGAAGCAAAGUAAAUUCUGCACCAGACUCAGAUGAGGAGUUUAUGGUUCCAGUCCAAAUGACAAAGAAAGAAAGGAAAAAGGCCCGCAAAGUACAGCAAUUACUGGAGGAGGAACAAAGACGGCAGAGGCAAAAGGAGGAGGAAGAGAGAGAGAAACAGAGACAGCUUGAACUGAAAGAACAGAAAAAGAAGCAGAAAGAAAAUCAAAAAUUAAAACAGCAGCAACAGAAACAGCAAGAUAAACAACAGCAAAAGUUGAAAGAGGUGGAGAAGAAACAGCAAAAACAGACACAACAAAAACCACAGCUUCUUACUCAACAGCAGCAACAGCAGCAGCAAAAUCUAAAGCAAAAACUGAAGCAACCUUCUUUGAAGCAGCAACAAACUGCAACUUCAAAGCGAGGAGGAAGAAUAACAACAAGUAUUAUUCCAAAUCCUCUUACCCUUGGUUCUUACAUGCCACCCGUUGGCAGCCUAGAGUGGACGACUCAAGCCCUAGCUGCUUCUCGGCCUAGUGUAACAAUACAGCCUGCCACAGCAGGUGCAUCACAGUCGUCUCUUGGUGGUCUGGAACAACGCUUUUCCACCACACUCACUUUAAAUGGAAAGCCUAUUUUGCCACCACCAAGACAGCCCUCGCCUGAACCUGCACAGGACUUCAGUUUAGAGAAUUUGAAACUGCCCCCUGGAAUAACUAUUACCAAAGUCGACCCAAGUCAAGUUGCCCAGAGAAAGCCUCCUGUGUCCAAACCUCAAGUUACCAAAACUGUUGUACCUAAUCCUCCCCCAACUACAAUAAUUGCUGCUCCUCUUUCUGGGAGCAGACCUCCAGGAAACUACAAUUCUGGUGGUGGCCAAGACCCCAAUUCCAAUGUAAUAGUUGUAGACACUGGCAAACUUAAACAAGAUAUUGCCAGACGUGAAGAGGAACCUGAACAAGUUGUAACAAGAAAAAAGAAAAAUAACAAGAAUAGAAAGGCCCAGGCUCAGGCUCAGGCCCAGGCCCAGGCUCAGGCCUCAGAAUCUGCUGCAAGAGUUCAACAGCCUUCACAGCUCUCACCAUUUAUGUAUGGAAUGAAUUCUGUGAGCAUUACUCCAGCUGGGCAGCCACCUCCUCUUAUGGCUACUCCUGCACCCCCACCUCAGGCAGCAAUCAUCAAGAUGAAUGGGAAUAUGGUUACUAUCCGUAAUCCCGCCAUUCAUCCAACUCCACAAAGGUAUAUUGGCCCUGAUGAACCAGCAGGUCGCAAACCUGCUCCGAGCAGUGGUCCUCCUCUGCACCAGAACCGCAACAAAGAGAACAACACUCUACCUCCUAGAUUUGCAAAUGCUAAGAUUGCCCAGCAGGCUAAUGGAAUGAAUGGUUAUGUGCCCGAGUUGAGCUCUGCCAGCCACCGUGCUCAGCACUUUAACCCUCCUGCCACUUCACAUAUCACUCACUCUGCUCAUGUCUCUAAACCAAACCAUCCAGUCCAUACCCCUCAAACAUUUGAGGUUUCCAAGCCUCCUAGACUGCACUAUGAUCCGCCACCUCGUCACUUCGAGGGUCGGCCUUUUGAAGCACCACAACCGUCUCACUUUGAGGGAUCUUCGCACCGCCACUUUGAAGCGGCAACUGUACAUCAUUAUGAUACUGCAUCUCGUCAGCAUUUUGACUCAGGACGCCACAUGGAGACGCACGCGCACACUCCACGGCACUACGAGUCGCCGGGUCAUCACUUUGAGCAUCCUGGGCACCUAUUCAACCCAUCACCUCAGCAGAUGACAGCACCUGCCAAGCAUGUUAUCCCACAGAAUUAUGCUGCAGCCAUUGAAGGGAAAAAGAGCAAAUUGAAAAACAACGACGACUGGCAACUUUUAGAUAAUGUAUUUGCUCCUAAAGACAUUGAUUUGGAUGAUGGAGACAUUGACGACGAUGAGAGAGAACUUGAAGCUUUUAAAAGGUUCUGCCUUCAAUCAGUUCCUCCAAAACGAAAAGAAAAAGUUCAUUUGAAUAUUGAAGAUAUUGUUCUUAAGAAGAAAUCUUCUGCUGUAAGUUGUACCUGAAUUCUCAUAAAAUGCCAUAGGAAGAUACUUAUUUGUAUUUGGCUUGGGUAAUUGGACUGAAAUCUUCAGCCUUCAUGAUUUUGGGUGUUGUAGCCCUUUUGACUGCCAUGCACGUCUCUGUGCAACAGUUACCUUGUUGUCCAUUGUCAUCACAGUACCUGUUGUAUUGAUGGCUUUUCUUAUCUUAUUUUUUUCCUCCAUAUUGUCUGUUCCUCCUUCACAUAAGUUGAAUAUUGUCAAUGUGUGCUGUUUUGAUUGAAAUUUGUUUUACAUUCUACAGUUUUAUCUUACAAAAUCUGACUAUCUGGGAACUGUAUUUUGGAGUUUUCUAAUAUAUAUUUUUUUUUUGUUUCUUUUAAUCAAUUACUCUUAUGAGUACAUCUCAAGAUUGCAACGCACACAGCUGCAGAUAGAUUUUGUGGUUUGUUUAUCUCUUAUUCGUCUGACUGCCUGUUAAUCUGUGAUGCUUGCAGUAUAAAGUAAGGAAUUUUACAAACAAUUACAUUUAAGUUCCUUUUGCAUAUUUAUUUUGUUAUAGGUGAAGGCCAUUUUUGUGUUAAUAUUUUGCUAAAAUGAUUGGUUGAUCAUGUGUUAAUAUUUUUUAAAGUUUUCUCUACAUGCUUGAUGAAACUCAGAUUUUCUAAAAGUUAUACCCAAUGAUACCUUACUACCUAUUAAGGAUACCUACACCCAUGAUCAUUCUGUAACUUCAGCACCAUCUUGUGUUCUCCAUUUGUCAUUAAAUUCACCCUGGUAAAAUGGUCAAUCUUGAUUCUAGGAACAACCUAGACCUGGGUCUUUUCUAGAGCAGUUGAUUUUAUAUACCUUAUUGCUCUUUCCCAGUUCAUUGCUAAUAGAUGGGAAAUUACCAUUCUCUAGUAUGUUACUUUUUUUCAUUUUUGAAUGUACUCUUAAGGUAUGUUUAAUUUGAUUUAAGGAAACAGUAUUAUGUCGGAGAAUACAACCUGUACUACAAAUAGAGAUUGAUUGUAAUCUCUUUCUCUCUAACUAUAAAUCUAUCAGAGUGUCUCCCUCUUUUUGUGAGGGGAACUGUAAAUGUGCAUGUUUUGAAUACAUUAUCUUCUUUUUUUUCAUUCACCCCAGUGUGUUGACUUAAAACAUAUUAUUUAUGUUUGUGACUUACUGUUUUCAUUAAAUCUUUUACUGCUUUAGUCUUUCCUCCUACCAUUAGCAUGUACCAUGAGAGAAGUUGUCCAUAAAGUUCCCUUUGUUCAUUCUUGGUUUACUCUUUAUCAGUGUCAUACUUUAAAAUACCUAUUAGGGGAAUGUCCACUUUCUAUCUAUUUUAUUUGUAUCUAGGAUUUGCAUGACCAUGAGUGCCAAUUGCUGUGGGUCCCUGCCUUAUCUUUCAAUAUUAUCUAGGUGACAUGUUUCAUGAACUUUGUACAUUUCUGUGAAUUUUCUUUUGUACAUCUUAAGGAGUGUAGAUUUCUUGAUCUAGGUGGCAAGGUGGCUGAUUAAACCUCGCGCUUGUGCUGAAAAGUCCUCUUGUGUAAUAAUGUGUGAUAUCUAUGGUAAGCAAGAAUGCUUAUGAUUCUGGAGCUUAAGUUCCACCUAUAUCCAGACAAAAAGAAAGUCUUCUUGAUGCUGGAUUUUAAAAAUAAUCUAGUUUGGUCUGCAGCAUUUCUAAUAGUCAAAGUAAAACACAAAAAAAUGUGUUACUUAGCAAAAUGCUGCUCUCCGCCAAAUAUGUUCAGUCAAAUAUUGUUGUAUUUGUAUGAGUUAAAUUUUAGAUCUACCUAUGGUUUGUUGUGUUAAUUUGUAUUGUACAGUUUAAAUAUUAUGUAAUUUAAUAACUCCCAUCAAUUUAAGAAAUAUUACUCAAACUAUUUAAAUAUUUUUCAAUGACCAUUUCAAAUCAUGAUAAUUCGUCUAGUGACAAAUACUUCCUCAAAGAGAUCUAAAUUAAUGAUGCAAUUAUGAUACCUACUGUUGGUGUCCUUGCUAGUGUCUCAUUUUAGUAUUUUAAGUGUUUGUAAAUAUUGAACUCGAGGGACAAACGUUGACUGUGGUGUUGUAAAUUACUGCUAGACUGUAGAUAAAAUGAAUGAAUGAAUUCAACAUAA